AUGGACAGCUCAACAACCGCCAAUGAUGCCACCGCAAUCGAACUGCAAUCGCUCAUCGAUGAAAUGCGAUUGCAAGAUUUCGAUUCAAUUCGCUUUGCCACUUAUCGAUGUGCUUGCAAGCUGCGCUUUAUACAAAAGAAAACUAAUGUGCAUCUUGUUGACAUUUGGAAUAUGAUUGAAUCUUUCCGUGAAAAUGGCUUAAAUGCACUUCCAAUUACUUCUCAGGUGAAGAUAUCACGUUUGGAAUUAUUACUGGCAACAAUUUUCCAUAAUUUAAAUAAGCGGUUGCCGAGCGGGCAGCACAUCGACACCGAUAAAUCCAUCUCGCUGUUGCUCAGUUUCCUCGUCGGUGCGUAUGACAGGUUACAAACCGGCCGGCUAACUGUUUUCGCCAUAAAAAUCGCGCUUGCUACAAUAUGCGCCGGCAAACUGAUCGACAAACUACGGUAUGCAUUUUCGCAAGUGUCGGAUAGCAAUGGUAUUAUGGAAUGGGAUAAGUUCAGCGAUUAUCUGCAACAAGUGCUUGCACUUGCAACCGCUGUCUUCGAAGGCCCUACUUUCGGCUAUACCGAGACAGCACUUGAGCAGUGCUUCCAGAAAGUUCGUAUUACUUGUCUUUUAUUCUUCCUUUGA